AUGAGAGAGGCCGGUCUUUGGGCUGAGCAUCAACAACUGAAACAGAAAGUAAAAAAAUCUUUCGGGGAAGUGACUCCAUUAUUACACUGCAUGUCGUCUAGCUGCAGCACGGCCUUCAUUCCUCUGAUUAGGUGACGACGUUAAAAGUUUAAGGAUAAACCAGGAAAAGAGACUUGAAGUCGCCAACGUUACCUGAAGUUCACCUGAGGUCACGAGGGGAGACGGAGAAUGUCGCGCGGGUCAAACGCAGGUUUCGACCGACACAUCACCAUCUUCUCACCGGAGGGCCGCCUGUACCAAGUCGAGUACGCCUUCAAAGCUGUCUCCCAGAGUGGGCUGACGUCUGUGGGGGUCCGGGGUUUAGACACCGUGGUGGUGGUCACGCAAAAGAAAAUACCUGACAAGCUGCUGGACCCUUCAACUGUGACCAACAUGUUCAAACUCAGCCAUCGCAUCGGCUGUGUGAUGACUGGUCAUAACGCGGACAGUCGUUCUCAGGUUCACCGGGCACGGUUGGAAGCGGGCGAAUGGAAAUACAAGUUUGGUUAUGACAUCACGGUGGACGCGUUGUGUCGCAGGUUGGCUGAUAUCUCCCAGGUCUACACACAGAACGCAGAAAUGAGGCCUCUUGGCUGCUGUAUGAUGAUGGCGGCCGUCGACCCCCAGCAGGGUCCUGUCCUGUAUAAAUGUGACCCCGCCGGUUACUUCUGUGGCUUCAGGGCGACAGCAGUGGGCGCCAAACAAACGGAGGCCAACAGCUAUCUGGAGAAGAAACUGAAGAAGAAGCCUGAGCUGACCCAUGACCGGACCGUGCAGUUGGCCAUCUCGUGUCUGUCCUCGGUCCUGUCCCUGGACUUCAAGGCCGCUGAGCUGGAGGUCGGGCUGGUCACCAAGGAGAGCCCAAAGUUCAGGACGCUCUCGGAGGCUGAGAUAGAAGUUCACCUGGUUGCCAUCGCAGAGCGGGAGUAAAGGUUCCCUUGCAAACUUCAGACCACGAUUUCAGAGUAUCGUAGUGUCGUCAGGGAGCUUCAUUUUUCCAUUUCACAUCUUUAAAAACAACAAAAGUACAAAAUCUUUCACAUGUUCGUCCACGUAGAGUCACCCUGCAACUAGGGAUGCAUCGGUUCAACAUCGGUAUGUCGGCCCCCGGCAAAUAACGUGGCACGAGGUGGCGAUGUUUAUUUGUUGUGCCAGAUCGAUUGAAUGCUGACAUCUAGUUCCCCUAACGACUGAUUUACAGAAGAGGGUUUUUAUUGGGCAGCUGAAGUCACCUGUUGGACAAACUCUGACUUGUUUUCAUGGUCAAACAUGAGAGGAAAUGUUGCAUUGUGGGAGUCUGACACCAAAUAAGUCAUGAAACCUUAGAACCGGCAAUCGGCUAAAUUGUUGUUUGAAGAAUCGUUAUCGGCCCUGAACUGCCCAACCGGUGCAUCUCUACCUGCAACAGGUUUAAAUUCUGUGCUUCUCAAAGUGGACUUUUCAAAAGGAAUCCGUUUAUUUUAGUGAUUAAAGUUUAAAUUCUAAUUAAGCAUCUUAUGUGCAAAGAUGAAGAAGGCCUCCCUGAGAAUUCAUGCAACAUAUUUUUUUAAAAACACCAACCAGGUCGUCGUCUGAACUCUUGAGAAGAAGCAAUAAAUAAAAACCAUUCUGACUUAUUAUAACCCUUAUAACGACUGUC